AUGUGUUGUGUCGAAUUCGACGACGUCUCGUGUGCUACAAAGGCGCUCAGCGACUUCUACGGGGACGCCGUUGCACAACAGCACGAAAGGCGGAAUUCGUCUCAGCUUCUCUAAAAACCCGCUCGGUGUCCGGUCUGGCCAGACCCCUUCACACAACAAUUCCAACGCGAUGGGUGGACAUGCACACAUGUCAGGCUCCACGAGUGGUUUCGGGUCGGCAAACAGACCACCUCCUGGACUUUCUGCGCCCCCAGGGCUCGGAACUGGCCGCUCUUAUCCCUACAUGAACCCAGGCCACAGUAACGGCGCACUGGAUUCCGUUGCAAGCUACGGCUGGAAUACACCAGCGUACAGUGAACACAAUGACUCCAGAAGAAGAAGGCCUAUGUUUUCUGGAAACAACAAUCCUCGCUACAACAAUUACAUGUUUGGGAAAUGA